AUGGAAGACCUGCCUGAGAUCCAAUUGAUGCCUCGGUCCCCGGAGAAACAGGACGCUUUUGUGUGUGAGAGGGAGACGUUGCAGAAGUACAUGAGGCACUUAAAAGAGACUCUUAAGAAGAAGACAGAAAGAGAUACCGGAGAAGUACCCGUCGAAACUGAAGAGGGCUCGAAUAUGGCGGAAUCCACUAAGGCCGAUGUGGCUGAUGAGAGCGUUCCUCCUACCGGGGAUGUGGGAGAGCCCUCAGUAGUUGAUAACGAUGUGGUCCCUAUAGUAGACGGGGGAGAUGCCACGGUGCUGAAUAGUGAUGAACUCCCUGGAGUUUGGAAGGCAGACUCUUCUGCAGUAGAGGAGGCGGAGUCAUCCGAGAGAAUGAGCGAUGAGGGAUCCACCAGAAAGGAGGGACAAACGAUUCCGGUACAUGAUAAGGAGGAGACUGGGAUUGCAGAUGAGGCUGGGUCAUCAUCACUCUUGGACGGCAAUCGGGCUGAGGUCUCAGGGAUGACGGCGGGAGAGUCUUCCGAAUGCACAGCAUCAGAAAUGAGCGCGAGUGCGGAAGUGUCUGAGCUCCCGAGAGUGGGAGAGAAUGCCGCUGCUCUCGAAGGAUCCAACCAUAGACUUACAUAUGAGGAUAUCAAGGGCCGGAACUUCUCCCCUUCUGGUUUGGUAACGGAGCCUGAGCGUGUCGAGACGCAGUACGAGAAUGAAGAACAAUUGGAGGAACUGUAUUUCUCUUUGAAAGCGGAGAAGGGACUCGAGAGCGCCAUCACUCUUUCUACUUUCUUCAAGUUGUUCGACGUUUGGAUCGGCCUUUACAGGUUGAGGAAGUGUCAGAAGGAGUUAGAUGAGAUCCUACCUGUGUGUCGAGAACUUGGUGAUCCCUUUAAACUGAAGGCAGUGCAAGCAUGCGCAUUCACGAGAUGGAAGCAGGGUAAUCUCACUGAGGCAUUAGCCUUAUUCAAGGAGAUAGAGGAGAUGCUUGGGAAGUCCCCCGCGCUGUGCGAGAAUAUCGGACAUACUCAUAGUUCAAUGGGGAACUUGGAGGAGGCAGAGCAGUACUUCAAAGAAGCAUUAUCCCUGAUAGAACAGCAAGUAGCUGAGGGUCGUGGCACUGAAAGCGACAGUAAUCUCGGUGGUGUCUUCCUCGGUCUUGGGAUAGUGUUAGAGCGUCGAGGUCGUAAUGAGGAGGCCUUGGAGUUUUGCAAGAAAGCACAUAAAUUCUACUCAGUUGAGUACAUCAGCUUCUUCGAGCCUAUCGAAAAGUUCCUGGCAGUCGGGGGUUCCUCUCUGGUAGCAAAGGCGGCCAUGAGCGUCGCCAAGUGCUACGUGGAUCUGAACAAUCUGGCUGAGGCUCAGGAGUACGCAGAAGAGGCCAUUGAGAUCUUCAAGCGUACAUGUGGUGAUGAUUCUCCGUUGGUGGCGAGCUCUACCCACACUCUAGGGAAGAUACUGUGGAGGCGAAAGAAUAGGGAAAAGGCCAGGGAGAACUUUGAGAGAGCGUUGGAAAAUUACGCUCUGGAGGCGGUCAAGGAUGCUGUGGAUAUUUGUGUACUCAUGGAGGUUCACAAUGAGCUCAUCGAAACUCACACGGAAGGUGUUGAGAACGUCAAUAGACUGGCCUUUCGGAAGUACAUUCCUAUCGUGGAAGCAGCUACAAGGAAUAUUGAGGAGAACGUGGUACAAGACGGUAACGCUGCUGUGUAUUACAAGCUAGCGGCAGAAAUGUACCUUUGGGGUGGUAUGUAUGGUGAAUGUGUUAGAAUGGUAAAGAAGGCUAUCCCUUUGUUCAAGGACGAACAGAGCAUGGACUGCUCUUCUUUUGUCAACGUGGGCAUGCGAAAGGAUGCUGGUGUACGCUGGGAAUAA